CAGUUGUCUGUUCAGCUCAUCAGUAUUUUCAUUGUUGAUGCACCACGAGCAAUCUCAAUAAACAUGUUUCCGCACAAAACUCUCCUCGCAAACUCCCUCUUUUCACUCCCUGCUAUCCAUUGGGCUAGCAAAAGGCCGCAUAUCAUUUCCGAAACGAUGCAUCAUCCUGACCAGUCUCAACCCUGCCCGCUGCAAACACCGUCAAAAUUCGUAAAACCUAAAACUCCCCUAGCAAAGUCGAGCAGGUGUCGAGAUGCCAAAUCUUUUCAAAAACCUGAAGUCUCGCGCCGAGGCACUCUAUCAAUCCGAUGACGAGCACACUACCAUGAAGUACAAGCGGGGCGGGAGGGCCUUCGAGACGCGGACGUUGAACUCCACGGUGCUUCCAGCUGCGUGUCGAGGCCUAUACGCGACACCGACGCAGCGAAGGUGCAUCAAGUCGAAUUCAAACCAGGUCGAACAAUUGAAUCGUACGUGCGAUGAUGAUGAUGACGAUGAUGAUGAUGAUAAUGAAAACGACGCCAUCAUCCGACAUUCCAUGUACCCACAGAUAAAUGGCAAGCGGCGAUCAAAACUGGAAGCCGAGCACCGCAUCCGAACGACGAAGUAUGAUCUAGCUGUGGCUGGUAAGGAGUAUCGUGAGCGUAGGGCAGGCGACGGUUAUCCAGUGCGUCCCAAGCAUUCUCCGCGUCGCGUGCGACGACCGCGGCCAGUGAAGUCUGAGUUCUCGUCCGAUUCUAAUUCUGACACUGACUCUGACGCUGACUCCGACUGUAGCUCCGACGUAAACCCAGAGGGUCGACCGAUUCGCGUGUGCAUGUACCCGCAAGCGAAGUACGUCAAGGAGCCCGUCAUCAAGCCUCCCAUGCCGCGCAUGCCCUCAUAUCGCAACUGGAAGCGCGAAAAUCUUCCUUACGACGAGUUCCAGAUCCUGCACCGACGCCAGGUGAUGCAGCGCGCCCGCGACGUGCUGGAGCCGUACUUCCUCCAUCGCGGCACUAAGGCAAAGAAGGGCCUCGUCGGCCACGGUGAGAUGCAGUGCUUCACCGAGUACCACACUGCGCGGCGACAAACCUCGCGAAUCCAGUACGCGGUGCGCAAGGCGAUGCAAGCGGAUCUGAACCAGUGUAGUCCAGAGUUUGGUCAAGCCAUGACUCGUCGCGCGCAAAAGGAGCGCUUCUGCGAGAUGAGCGAUGUUGAUGGCGUGCCUGUUGACGAGAAGUUGAUGGUGGACUUCAUUAAGGCGCAUCGCAAGUUUCAAGAAAAGGCAUAUACAAUCGAGGAACAAAAGUUGGCCAUGGUUUGGUUCGGUGAACUUGCCCAACGUAGCUCGAUCGACGAGCCUUGUCGAAUUGAUAGCGGGGCUACGAUGCGCGCGCCUCCUGAUCGUUCGGUGCUGAUCAGCCAGUUCGAUUGGAAUAGUAGUGAUGAUGAGUCGGAGGCGCCAAAGCUUUUUGGAAAGAAGAAUCGAUAGGAGGAUAAAAAUCUCAAAAACGCAUCGGGCUGACGGUGAUAGAACGGAGGGAAAUGAUGUCUGCAAAAGUGACGGAAAUUUCAAACUUGGACGUCUGAAUGCUCAUUUACCCAAAAUGCAGUUGCGCGAGUGGUCAGCUCCAAAGGAGCGGUCGUCGAGAUGCGGU